UGGACAGUCAUGUCUGGGCCUCUCAAUUCAGUAAGCAUCUUGGACAAGUUGUACACUUUCAAAGAAUUUCUCAGUUCAAGUGAUUAGAACUGUUCUAUGAAAAACCAUGGCAUUAUUAUUAAUUUUGGAAGAUAAACUUACAGCUUCUUUCUCUUUCUCAGGUAAUCUGGUUUAUGCCGCAUUGCAGAUGUCAGUAGACUCACAAAUGGACCUGCCUGAAGAAAUUCAGCAUCCAUAUACAAAAUUUUCUGAAUGGAAAUUCAAACUCUUUAAAGUGAGACCAUUUAAAAAAACACCUUCUGAUAACAGCCAGCACAUAAACAAAGAUCAGGCAAAAGAGAUUGCUUCUUCAUACAAAAAAGUUAUACUGCAUAAAGAUGAAACAGUGCCAAAAGGUGAAAAGAUGGACUUAAUGGGCAAUAGGCAGGCACUUGAGAAAGAUGACAUGAAAACACAAGACAAUGAAGCUCAUCAGAACAAUCUGAGGCAACUUUGCCGUAUCUGUGGAGUUUCACUUCAAACUGGUUGUUACAAGAGAACUCAUCCAGUGCAUGGGCCAGUGGAUGAUGAAACUCUGUGCCUUCUGAGAAAGAAAGAGAAAAAAGCAACCUCUUGGCCAGAUCUUAUUGCUAAGGUUUUUAAGAUUGAUGUGCGAGGGGAUGUUGAUACUAUCCAUCCCACUAGAUUUUGUCACAACUGCUGGAGUAUUAUCCAUAGGAAAUUCAGUAAUACUCCAUGUGAAGUAUAUUUUCCCAGGAACAGCACAGUGGAGUGGCAACCCCACUCCCCAAAAUGUGUUGUAUGCCACACUACCAGUCGGGGAGUUAAGAGGAAAAGCCAGCCACCCAGUAUACAACAUGACAAACGUGUGAAGACCCUUGCAGAAUGUGCUCAAAUAAGCAGAGGUGUAAAGAACCAAGCACAGAUAAACAACAAAAAUGUAAUGAAAGAGAGAAUCAAUUGCAAGAACAUACAUCUCAGCACCAAGCUGCUUGCAGUUGAUUACCCAGUAGAUUUCAUUAAAUCCAUCUCUUGCCAGAUCUGUGAGCAUAUUUUGGCAGAUCCAGUGGAAACAACAUGUAGGCACUUGUUUUGCAGAACUUGCAUCCUUAAAUGUAUCAAGGUUAUGGGCAGCUAUUGCCCCUCCUGCUGGUAUCCUUGCUUUCCUACUGAUCUGGUAACCCCAGUCAAAUCCUUCCUAAACAUUCUUGCUAACUUGGGUAUAAGAUGCCCUGUAAAGGAAUGUGAUGAAGAGAUCUUGCAUGGAAAAUACAGCCAACACCUCUCCAGCCACAAGGAGAUGAAAGAUAGAGAGCUCUACAGCCACAUCAAUAAAGGUGGCCGGCCAAGGCAGCAUCUCUUGUCUUUGACAAGGAGAGCUCAGAAACAUCGUCUGAGAGAACUGAAACGUCAAGUCAAGGCUUUUGCUGAGAAAGAAGAGGGCGGUGACAUAAAGGCUGUAUGUAUGACUUUGUUCCUGCUAGCUUUAAGAGCUAAAAAUGAACACAAACAAGCAGAUGAAUUGGAGGCUAUAAUGCAAGGGAGGGGAUCUGGACUUCACCCUGCUGUCUGCCUGGCAAUCCGAGUCAACACAUUUCUCAGCUGUAGCCAAUAUCAUAAAAUGUAUAGAACGGUAAAAGCUGUCACUGGGAGGCAGAUCUUCCAACCUUUGCAUGCUCUUCGCACAGCUGAGAAAGCCCUCCUACCGGGUUAUCAUCCAUUCGAAUGGAAACCUCCCUUGAAAAAUGUAUCCACUAAUACAGAAGUAGGAAUUAUAGAUGGACUAUCAGGAUUGUCAGUCUCAAUUGAUGACUACCCAGUAGACACAAUUGCAAAGAGAUUCCGAUAUGAUGCAGCCUUGGUUUGUGCUUUAAAAGACAUGGAGGAGGAGAUCUUGGAAGGCAUGAAAGCAAAAAACCUGGAUGACUAUUUGAACGGUCCUUUCACUGUGGUAGUAAAAGAGUCCUGUGAUGGAAUGGGAGAUGUCAGCGAGAAGCAUGGAAGUGGGCCUGCUGUCCCAGAGAAGGCUGUUCGCUUUUCUUUCACAAUCAUGAACAUUGCUAUAGCACAUGGGGAUGAAAUCAAGAGGAUCUUUGAAGAAGCAAAGCCCAAUUCAGAGUUGUGUUGCAAGCCCUUGUGCCUUAUGCUGGCUGACGAAUCAGAUCAUGAAACUCUGACAGCCAUCUUGAGCCCCCUCAUAGCAGAAAGAGAGGCUAUGAAAAACAGUGAACUACUGCUUGAAAUGGGAGGCAUCCUGAGAACAUUCAAAUUCAUCUUUAGGGGUACAGGAUAUGAUGAGAAACUUGUGCGGGAAGUGGAAGGGCUGGAAGCUUCAGGUUCCACUUACAUUUGUACCCUGUGUGAUGCAACCCGUCUGGAGGCGUCCCAGAAUUUGGUCUUACACUCCAUAACCAGGAGCCAUGCUGAAAAUCUGGAGAGAUAUGAAAUAUGGAGGUCCAAUCCAUAUCAUGAAUCUGUUGAUGAGCUCCGUGACAGAGUGAAGGGUGUUUCAGCCAAACCUUUUAUUGAGACUGUUCCCUCCAUAGAUGCAUUGCACUGCGACAUUGGCAAUGCAACAGAAUUCUACAGGAUUUUCCAGAUGGAGAUCGGUGAAGUUUACAAGAAUCCUGAUGCAUCUAAAGAGGAGCGGAAGAGGUGGCAGCUGACUCUUGACAAACACCUCAGGAAGAAGAUGAACCUGAAGCCUAUGAUGAGGAUGAGUGGAAAUUUUGCUAGAAAGCUCAUGUCCAAAGAGACAGUAGAGGCAGUAUGUGAAUUAAUAAAGUGUGAGGAAAGGCAUGAAGCCCUAAAAGAAUUAAUGGACCUUUAUCUGAAGAUGAAGCCAGUGUGGCGAUCUUCAUGCCCUGCCAAGGAGUGUCCAGAAUUGCUGUGCCAGUAUAGCUACAAUUCACAGAGUUUUGCUGAGCUCCUGUCUACAAAGUUCAAGUACAGAUAUGAAGGCAAGAUUACAAAUUAUUUCCACAAAACCCUUGCUCAUGUUCCUGAAAUAAUUGAAAGAGAUGGGUCCAUUGGGGCCUGGGCAAGUGAAGGAAAUGAGUCUGGAAACAAACUAUUCAGGAGGUUCCGAAAAAUGAAUGCCAGGCAGUCUAAAUGCUAUGAGAUGGAGGACGUCUUGAAACAUCACUGGUUAUAUACCUCCAAGUACCUCCAGAAGUUCAUGAAUGCUCAUAAAACAUUAAAAAGCCAGGGCUUCACCAUUGAUCCAGAGGAAAGUUUAGGUGGCUCCUUGCCAUUGGAGGUAUCAGAAAGCAAUGAUUCAGCAGAACUCUAAAUGUAGAGUGCAUUUGGUAUUGAGUUUGUGAUGGUGUCUUCCUGCAAGUAGGCAGCUUCUUUUGCAGGCCUGUAGAGAUACAGGGAAGUCUGAAAUGACCACUUUUACAUUUCCUGUUAAAUGUGCUGAGUGGAGUUUAAUAAACACCAUGUCUGUCAGGAGUUUCCAAGAGGCAAUGCAGUGAUGCAUUUACCAGUUGUUAUGUGAGAUGAAAGCAGAAACAAAUUGCAAAGAAGGGUCUUCAGUAUAUUUUGGUCUUAUUUGUGAGAAAGCAAAAGUAAACAAGGUUUUAUAUAAAGUAGUAUUUUGGAAUGAAUAUGAUUCUGGAGAGUUAUGACAGUUCCUGCAAACAGAAGCAUGGCUAUUUGUUCUGUUUGUCUUACUUUUUUAGAGGGUUUGAUUAUUUUAUUGACAGUCCUUUGGCUUUUUAAAGUAAAGAUUCAUCAGUGAGACACUUGGGUAAGUGUUUUGGGACAAAGUUCAGUUAUUUUUUUAUAAAAUACUUACUAAAGAGGCAAACUUUGAUCUCACAAGCUCUAAAAAAAUAUUUUUAACAUUUAUAUUGUAGUACUUCUUAGGAGCACAUAGUGGUAUCAACAUGCUAAUUUACUAUAGGGAGAUAUAGGAAAGGUAGUUGGAACUUUUAAAUUAUAUUUUUAUUGUAGUCUGUUUACUCUAAAAUGUAAACUUGUGCUCUUAAAACAGGACUUAGAGUGCCAUAUGGUUAUCUCACUAUACAAAGUACAUUCAAGCUCUGCUAUGUAGCUUGUUGCUUCAUAAACAUUUUAGAUUUCUAUGGUAACUUCAGUAUAUAGUACAAUAUGUAUUAGUAGAGUUUUAUUGGGUGAAUUCUUGGCCUCACUGAAGUCACCAGUAAAUAAUAAUUAAUACCAGCAGGCCCACAGUUUCGACAAGUCACUUAGCACACCCAUUUCUCGAGAGACAGAUAUUACCUUGAUCAGAUACAUGGCAGUGUUCUGAUCAUCUUCUCUAUUAGGAUAUUUCACUGACUGCUGCUGAUAUGUUCCAACUGUAUCCAAUAACAAGCUUUUUCAAGCCUGGGACAGACCACACUCACAGUCUUAUUUUCCAAAUCUGUAAAAGAAGAAUUACAUUUAUUAACCUCAAAGCUGCUUCGCAUGCAAGAUUAGUAAAAAAGCAAUGAACUGUCUUGAAAUUACUGCACACUGUAUUUUAUAUUAUUACAGCAAUAUUUAGUUGGCAUUCCUUUGUAUUAUAGUAGAUGAUUAGAUGAACCAUUUUGUUUGUGGAUUCUUUUAGAUCCAUAUGAAUAUACUAAAUACCACUUCAGAAGUAUAUUCAUAUACUAAAAUUAUAUUAUUUUAAUUCAAUGACAUGUUCAUGAAAUAUACUGAAAAGUACCUGAGAUGCCCUAAAAUCCUCUAGCGUUUCAGAUUUGCACCUAUAGCUAGGGCAUUACUGUAUUUGCAGUAAUAUUACUGAAACUAGAUUAAAUGCUGAAACAAUCAAAAGAUGGAUCUGAAAGAAUCCACUUUUUAUUUUUACGUGGCAGAAGCUGGUUUGUGAGUGUAAGUGAACAACAAACUUAAGGAAUUAAUGGUCUGAUGUUUGUUUAGUAGCAUCUUGUUCAUGUUAUUUACUAUACCUUUGAGGGUCUGGUAUUUACCAUUUAUGGGCAAUGAAAAAGUAGAUUCAAGCAUUAGUAAUUAGUACAAAUAGUUUCAUCCUGAUUAUGUCUUUCUUUCAAUUUUAUUAAUUAAAAUACUAAUCUUUAAAGUAUUUUGUAAUUUAGGAUAAUGUUUUAAUAUGGUUUCUUUAAACAUAGUUUAACAUUAUGUCAAAAUUUGCAGUUGGAAACAAUGCCUUUUACUUAAAACAUUUAAUUUUCUAAGCAGUCAUAAGGACUGCAGUGUCUUUUGUAUGGUGGACCAUUUGCAUCUACUGAGUGUUCCUUUCUAGAUUUUUUUUUUAAUUAUUUGAAUAGAACAAGUAUUUCUCAUAGAGCAUAAAUACGUUUACAUAAGCAUCAUUCCUUACGAAGAAAUGCAGACAAUGUGUUUUCCAGGGAGUAUAAAUAUCAGGUACAAAGUGCACCCUUUAGCAGUAAAUGCAGAUGGGGGAUAUGUGCUCUUACCAGCUGAGAAAUGCUGCUCUAGACCAUUGGCAAAUGACUAAAGCAAUGUUGGAAGCUUGCCUCACUGUUGAUUUCUUAUUUUUAUUUUUCAAGGGCAUCUUUCAUUAUCCCAUAGCCUAGAAGGUUACACCUCUUCUGUCACCCUCCUCCCUUUUUGUGAAAUAGUUAUUUAGCCUCUGAUCAUUUCAGACAUCUGAUUUACGAGCAGAACAUAGGCAAUUGUUGCUGCACCACUGGACAUGGAGGGCUGUGACACCCAGCAGGCACAAGAAAGAAAGGGUGGAUGCCUUCAUCUUCAGCCUUCAUCUUCAAACCAGACCUUCUCCUGCUACAGCUAUCAGCUGAGCACUGCUGGCAACUGCUUAUGUUCUUGUAGCCCAACCACAGGCAAAAUAAAAUGUUAAGAGCUUAAAUCAGUAGGAAUAAAAGAAUCACAGAAAGGCUGGUGCUGGAAGUGACCUCUGGAAAUCAUAUAGUCCAACCCACCUGCUAAAGCAGGUUCACCUAGAGUAGAUUGCAUGGAAAUGUGUCCAGGCGGGUUUUGAAUGUCUCCAGAGAAGGAGACUCUCCAACCUCUCUGGGCAACCUGUUCCUGUGCUUUGUCACCCUCAAAGUAAAGAAGUUUCUCCUCAUGUUUAUAUGGAACCUCCUACAUUUCAGUCUGUGCCUGUUGCCCCUCAUCCUAUCAUUGGGCAACACUGAAAAGAGUCUGGUCCCAUCUUCUUGACACCCACCCUUCAGGUAUUUAUAGGCAUUGAUAAGAUCCCCUCUCUGCCUUUUGCAGGCUGAACAGACCCAGCUCUCUCAGUCUCUCCUCAUAAGAAGGAUGCUCCAGACCCUUAAUCAUCUUCGUAGCUUUCCACUGGACUCCCUCCAGUUGUUCUUUGUCCUUCUUAAACUGAGGAGCCCAGAACUGGAUACGGUACUCCAGAUGUGGUCUCACCAGAGCACCGUAGAGGGGGAGAAUGAAGACUGCAUUUUAUUUGCCCUUUGGACUGGUCAAAGAGUGCACAGGUACUAGUGCUUUUAGCCACAACACCUGGAUCUCCUGGAAUAGUGUGUCCAUAGAUGUGGUAGAUGCCACAUCCCUGGAAACAUUCAAGUUCAGGUUGGAUGUGACUCUGAGCAACCUGAUCUAGUUGAAGAUGUCCCUGCUCAUUGCAGAGAGGUUGGACAGGAUGACCUUUGAAAGUCCCUUCCAACCCAAACUAUUCUAUGAUUCUGUAUAGUUUGUAUUUUUGCUUGGCAUUUAUUUCAUUAUGCAAAUAGUUGCUCACUUUUUUCUCUGCAUGUAUAUUUCAGACAACUGUAUUACUUUAUGUUUUAUCCUUGACUGUGCUUGAAUAACCCAGGGCCAAGUUUAACAAUCUUGACUCACCUCAUGGUGAUUUUCACUCAAUUUAAGUGGUAUAUACAGUUUUUGCUGCCUUUUGCACAGGGAUGAGUUUCACUCCCAAGUAAUCCAGACCCAUUAAUUGCAAUACAUAUGUGCCACUGGAGUGACAGACCAGACUUUUUUCAUUUUGCACAUGUAAUUUCAGUGGCUCUGCUGAAAUUUUUUAAUUCCAAAUUCACUUUAACAAGCUACUGAUUUAACAGCAAGUGAUUCAUCUCACUGCCUUCAAAAAGGGUUGACUAACUUCCACCCAUAUAUGUAAGAUUUCUCAAGACAGGGCUUAUAUCCUGAGAUAACCUGUCAGCCUGAACACAACCUGGAUGGGGGCAAAGGAAUGCAGUGGCACGUGAAAGUGUUCUUUUGUGAAAUAUCAUUAAGCCAUUAAGACACAUUUCACAUUCUACCAGUUCUGGGCAGGAUAGCUGACACACAGAUCCACUACUAUUAUUUUUAAAUUUUAUUUUCUUUCUUUACACUUGAAUCUAUUUCAAUCUUCCUUUUCCCCAUUGUUGACAUCUGUAAAUCAAGAGACUCUCUUUGAACUCAUUAGAACAAACAGCACUAAAAGGGUAAGUACCUGCAAGUGAAGCUUUUGUAAACAGGGAUAAUAAUGCUGCAUGCACAUAGCUAUACAUCAGAAGGCAAACAAAUUCUGACUGCAGACAGGUGCAUCAUUUGCUUAUGCAGUCUGUUAUUAAGCUUUUUGAUUUUGAAGAGACUUUAGAAAAAUUGAGUCACUUUUAUUUAUAGUAGUCUUUCAAACCUUCAGUAAUUCACGAGAAAUAAUUUUCUUGUUCUGGAAUUAUACUGACUGCAGUUUUUAUAAAUCACAUUAUAUAUCUUGUUUUGCUUGGUUUUAUUCAAGCACUUUGUAUUGUGAAUUGCCAUGUUAUGAAACAAUGUGAACUAUAGUAAAAGCCAUGAUUCUGGUCUCACAUAAAUUUUUCCUCACAGGAAUAAUUCUAUUGACUUAAAGCAAAUCAGCUUUGACUUUUAGUCAGGUAGUUCAGAAACAAAUUCUAGAUAUUUACAGCAUCCUAAUUUCUGACUACAUGGAGUACUGUGCUUUGUAUCACUACACAACUUCAUAAUUUUACUUUUUUUACUGUAUUACAGUUUCUUAAUUUAUGAAACCUGUUUAAAAUAAAGGUCUUGUAAAUAUUGACAUUUCUGCCUUUGUAUUUCUUACCUAUUUUUCAACUAUGCAGAUCAUUUAAUGGUUACAGUCUUACGUUUCAUUCAAAUUGUGGAUGCUUUUCAUAUUUAGGCUGUUCUAAUACCCAGAGACAGCUGUGAUUCCAGCCCUGUUCUGGAAG